UACUGGGUACUAGCAGGAUAUGGGUGUUGCCUAUCAGCAGCUUCCAUCAGCCGCUGAAAAUGUGUCGCCGGGAUAAGCCAGAGAGCCAGUAGCCAGCAGAAAACCUGCAGCCAGUUCACGAUGAGCGGCCGCUUGGGCCAUGUGCUGCACUUUCACCUGCGCGUCUAUCAGGUGCUCGGCCUUCAUGGCCUGCCCCUGCCUGGGGAUGAACGGCCGCGCAGGACGCGCCAACUGCUGCGAGCCUGGAGCCUGUUCAUCCUGUUGGCACUGAGUGGCAUGGUAGCCGUGUGCCUGACCAGCAAUCUGGAAUUUCUCUACAAGGGCGACAUGUUCGGCUGCGUGAACGAUGCCCUCAAGUACAUAUUCAGCGAGUUCGCACUGCUCUCCAUCUACGGGGAGACAAUGGCCAGCCAGCGACCGCUGGCCCGCUUCUGGUGGCUCCACGGGAAGCUCAGCAGGCAGCAGCAGCAGCAGCAGCACGGAGUAGGCCAGUCUCGGCCAGCCUCCAUGCGCAGCGAACUGCUGCAGUAUCGACGCUACCUGAUCUCGCUGUACGGCAUCCUGGUGGGGGAGACACUCGUCAAUAUCUGGCUGUGGCAGGUGCAGCCCGCCGACAUCCACUUGUUUCUCUUCUGGAGCACAUUCGAGCCGCUCGUCUUCAUCAUGUACCUGCGGAACAUGCAGUUUGUGCUGCACAUGGAGCUGUUGCGCCAGCACCUGGCCCAGCUCGAACGGGAGCUAUGCCUGCUGGCCGACUACUCGAGAUUUGCCAGCCGAACGGGUCGCAGCUUCAAGGGCUUUGGGCCCUUCCUGCGACGCCGUCUGCUGCAGAAGCAGUGCGUCUACAACGAUGUGCAUGAGAUGUACACCUGCUUCCAGCGGGCCUUCUGCUACUCCACCCUGACCGUUCUGCUCUCGAUCUACGUGCGGAUCGCAGUCGAUUGCUACUUCAUGUACUACACCCUCUACAUAGCCAUUGCCAAUUUGGAUUACUCGCUGAUAUUUCCCGCCUUGUUUGAGAUACCCGCCUUCAUCUAUGCCUCGCAGAGCUGCAUGGUGAUGGUGCCACGGAUAGCCCAUCAGUUGCACAACAUCGUCACGGACACCGGAUGCUGUAGCUUUCCAGAUCUCUCCCUGCAGAUUCAAAACUUUUCGCUGCAAAUCCUUCAUCAGCCGCUGCGCAUCAAUUGCCUGGGCAUCACCAUCUUGGACUGUUUCCUGAUCACGCGGGUGGAUUGCCUGCUCGGUGGGCACCUACAUCAUCUACACCAUUCAGUUUAUACCAAAGUUUAGCAAUCAAUACUGGUAGAAUUUCUACUCUAUCUUGGCUCGAAAUGGCUCUCCGCCGUUGUUCUUCUGCACCAACUGGAACUAGAAUUAAUAUUAUUCGCUAGAAGGCUU